AUGCACUCGCCUAAUUCCUUUGGACCGGUUGCCUUCUGGGCGUUUCAUCAUUUGGUCUCAUUGCGUACAACUUGGAUUGUUGCACUUCGGGCACCUGUUACUUUGCAAGACAAAAACGGUUCCACGAUGCUGCACCAUGCCGCCAUUCUGUAUAAUCGUCUCGAUCCAGAAGACCAGAAUGGACAUCGGUGGAUCAGACUGGUUAUGCUUGUAUUGCUUAAUCGGGGUGUGCAUGUCGCGGUGCGUGAUUGUUGGGGUCGAACAGCCCGGGAUUUGACGCUGUCGAAGACUCAAGAAGCGUUGUUUUCCGAGUUAAAUGAAGAUACAACGACUAAUGCGGAAACGUAUCGCAACUUUGAAGAGACGUCCCCCGACCUUUAUGAGCUGCGUGAGAUAAUUGAUCCUGCUACGCAGGCCAUGCUAAAACCUCACCAAUUGAUUGAUCGUAGGGUUGCUCAGCUCGUAUCCAUGAAUUCGAUCACUGCUAUCGAAUUGUUGCUCGUGCACAGCUACGAUGCUAUUCAUGAGGCAAAAAUGGGAUUUCCGGAACCUCGGACAGCUACACAGAUUGCGGCAAACAAAUGUCACACAGAACUUCUGGGAUUGCUGAAAAACAUAGACACGUAUCAGGCAGAUGUAAUCCAGUUGCAACGGGCUGUACGUGACGGGGACGAUAAGACAUUUAGUCGCCUGGUUCCUGAAGGCAUGCUUAUGUGGAGUCUUGAUUGGCGCGGACGUAACUUGCUCCAUUUGGCUGUGUUAUACAGACAAAGUUCAAUGUCUCUCCGUCUCGUGGAUUUGUGUCCCAACCUGGCUGAGUCAAAAGAUAGCCUUGGACGUACUCCGUUACACUAUGCCAUUUGUUUGCCAGACAAUCGCAGCUUGUUUCUCAAAAUGGCGGGACAGUUGAACGGAGUAUACAAAGAACAGAAAGAUUUUAAUGGUAUGACUAUUACGGCCUACGGAGAAUUUUAUGAAGCUGGUGUCCCAGAAUACAGGAACCUGAUUCUAAGUGAACGAAGACUCAGCAAGCCGAAUUGGGUGUUAAAUCGCGUAUCACAUGAUGAAGUGACAGACUCAAACGCGUUCAAAGUAAACCAGAGGUCCAACGAGGCAGCCGAGGAAAAGCCAAAAAUGAGUGCCGGACAUUGUUCUCUUGAGAAAACCGCAUCGACAGUCAACAUACCUACGGAAGUAAAUUCACUUGCUUUUCCAGCUCCUGGAGCGUUUCAUUUGGUGCAGCUACAGAAGCACCGCACCACCCUGAAAUAG